CCAGGGCAGGCGACAGCGGCGUGGUCCCCGAGUCCCAGCCAUUUCAAGCAAGAUGAUAUCUCCAUCCAUCAAAUGGCCACUUGCAACCAGGCCCUUACUGCUUUCGACAGUGUUGAUUCUCUUAACCGUGGCAACUCCAUCCUCAUGUCAGAGCAGGGAACCAACAUUUCCAAAAGCUAACAACGGGGCACCGUUUCCUUGGAAUAAAAUGCGACUUCCAGAGCACAUCAUCCCAGCUCAUUAUGAUCUCAUGAUUCAUGCAAAUCUCACCACUCUGACUUUCGGGGGAACCACACAGAUAGAAAUCACAGCCAGCAAGCCCACCAGUACCAUCAUCCUGCACAGUCACCACCUACAAGUAUCCAAGGCCACCCUGAGGAAGGGAGGUGGCGAGAGGCAAGCUGAAGAGCCGCUGAGAGUCCUGGAAAACCCACCUCAGGAGCAAAUUGCGCUUCUGGCUUCCGAGCCGCUGGUCGUCGGCCUCCCAUACACCAUUGUCAUCGACUACGCUGGCAAUCUUUCUGAGAGUUUCCAUGGAUUUUAUAAAAGUACCUACAGAACCAAAGAAGGAGAAGUGAGGGUACUUGCAUCAACACACUUCGAACCGACUGCAGCCAGAAUGGCCUUUCCAUGCUUUGAUGAACCUGCUUUCAAGGCGAGUUUUUUAAUCAAGAUCAGAAGGGAACCGAGACACCUCGCCAUCUCCAAUAUGCCACUGGUUAAAUCUGUGACUGUGGCUGAAGGACUCAUAGAAGACCACUUUGAUGUCACCGUGAAGAUGAGCACCUACCUGGUGGCCUUCAUUGUUUCGGAUUUUAAGUCUGUCAGUAAGAUGACCAAGAGCGGAGUUAAGGUUUCCGUAUAUGCCGUUCCAGACAAGAUAAAUCAGGCAGAUUAUGCACUGGAUGCCGCGGUGACUCUUCUAGAAUUUUAUGAGGAUUAUUUCAACAUCCCAUAUCCGUUACCCAAACAAGAUCUUGCUGCGAUUCCUGACUUCCAGUCUGGUGCAAUGGAAAACUGGGGACUGACAACGUACAGGGAAUCUUCUCUACUGUUUGAUGCUGAGAAGUCUUCCGCCUCAAGUAAGCUCGGCAUCACAAUGACUGUGUCUCACGAACUCGCCCACCAGUGGUUUGGGAACCUCGUCACUAUGGAAUGGUGGAAUGAUCUUUGGUUAAAUGAGGGAUUUGCCAAGUUUAUGGAGUUCGUGUCAGUCAGUGUGACUCAUCCAGAACUGAAAGUUGAAGAGUAUUUCUUUGGUAAGUGUUUCGAUGCAAUGGAGGUGGAUGCAUUAAACUCCUCACACCCCAUGUCCACACCCGUGGAGAAUCCUGCUCAGAUUCAGGAGAUGUUUGAUGAAGUUUCUUAUGAGAAGGGAGCUUGUAUUCUGAAUAUGCUAAGGGACUAUCUUGGUGCCGACGCAUUUAAAAGUGGCAUUGUAAAGUAUCUGCAGAAGUAUAGCUAUAAAAACACGAAAAACGAGGACCUGUGGAAUAGUAUGGCAAGCAUUUGCCCUACAGAUAACACGCAACACAUGGAUGGAUUUUGUUCUAGAGGUGAACAUUCAUCUUCAACCGCACACUGGCGACGGGAAGGCCUUGAUGUGAAAACCAUGAUGAACACCUGGACGCUGCAGAAGGGUUUUCCCCUGAUAACCAUCACCGUAAGAGGCAGGAACGUCCACAUGAAGCAAGAGUACUAUGUGAAAGGCGUGGCCGAUGCCUCAGAAACUGGGCUCCUGUGGCAUGUCCCACUGACAUUCAUUACCAGCAAAUCAGACGCAGUCCAACGCUUUUUGCUGAAGACAAGAACAGAUGUGCUCGUCCUCCCAGAAGAGGUGGAAUGGAUCAAAUUUAAUGUCGGAAUGAAUGGCUAUUACAUUGUGCAUUAUGAGGAUGAUGGAUGGGACUCUCUGACUGGCCUUUUAAAAGGAACACACACGGCAAUCAGCAGUAAUGAUCGGGCCAGUCUCAUUAACAAUGCAUUUCAGCUCGUCAGCAUUGGAAAGCUAUCAAUUGAAAAAGCCUUGGAUUUAACCUUGUACCUGAAGCAUGAAACUGAAAUCAUGCCAGUGUUUCAAGGUUUGAAUGAGCUGAUACCGAUGUAUAAGUUAAUGGAGAAGAGAGAGAUGAAUGAAGUGGAAACUCAAUUCAAGGCCUUUCUCAUCAGGCUGCUGAGGGGCCUCAUUGACAAGCAGACGUGGACGGAUGAGGGCUCCGUCUCGGAGCGAAUGCUGCGGAGUCAGCUGCUGCUCCUUGCCUGCGUGCGCAAGUACCAGCCCUGUGUGCAGAAGGCAGAAGGCUAUUUCAGACAGUGGCAGGAAGCCGGUGGAAACCUCAGCCUGCCCAACGAUGUGACCUUGGCAGUGUUUGCCGUGGGGGCCCAGACCCUCGAAGGAUGGGAUUUUCUUUAUAGUAAAUACCAGUCAUCAUUGUCCAGUACUGAGAAAAACCAAAUUGAAUUUGCUCUCUGUAUCAGCCAAAAUAAAGAAAAGCUUCAGUGGCUACUAGAUCAAAGUUUUAAGGGAGAUGUAAUAAAAACUCAAGAGUUUCCAGAUAUUCUUAGAGCUAUUGGCAGGAACCCAGUGGGAUAUCCAUUGGCCUGGCAGUUUCUGAGGGAAAACUGGAACAAACUUGUGCAAAAGUUUGAACUGGGCUCAAAUUCCAUAGCCUACAUGGUAACGGGAACAACAAAUCAGUUUUCAACAAGAGCACGGCUCGAAGAGGUAAAAGAAUUCUUCAGCUCUUUGAAGGAAAACGGGUCUCAGCUCCGUUGUGUUCAACAAACCAUCGAAACCAUCGAGGAGAACAUACGCUGGAUGGAAAAGAAUUUUGAUAAGAUCAAAGCGUGGCUGCAAAAUGAGCAGCUUAACCUGCUGUAAUGGUUCCGCUCUUGGUCGGUUCCUGUGAUGUGUAAUCUGCAAACUUUUGUUGAAUGUGAAUAUUUUUGAAGUGGAGAUGCGCCAGCCUGGCACCCACUGAAGAUGCUUCUUGCCCCUUCAGUUCAUUUCACUCCUUCCUUUUCGUGAAGCCUGGCUGCUUCACAUUUUCCUCAGGGAGUUGCUGCCACCACAUGUUCCAUUAUAGGUAUGACCCCGAAAUGUACACCCAAGUCGGGGGUUCCCUACUGUGGAGAACUAAAGUUCCUGUUUCUUCUUAUAUUGUAUACUGAAGCCCCGUGGUCUCCACACCCCUGCUCCCCACGCGUUUUGUCAUUCGUACUCUGCUGCGAACAGUGAUAACUACUGAACCGUGAACCCCUGGAACGCUGACUGAGCCAGAACUGCCCCUCUCCAUCCAACUUUCUCCCUCUUGCUGCUUGCCCCGGAGAAGGCAAUGGCACCCCACUCCAGUACUCUUGCCUGCAAAAUCCCAUGGACGGAGGAGCCUGGUAGACUGCAGUCCAUGGGGUCGCUAAGAGUCAGACAGGACUGAGCGACUUCACUUUUACUUUUCACUUUCACGCAUUGGAGAAGGCAGUGGCAACCCACUCCAGUGUUCUUGCCUGGAGAAUCCCAGGAUGGCGGAGCCUGGUGGGCUGCCAUCUGUGGGGUUGCACAGAGUCAGACAUGACUGAAGCAACUUAGCAGCAGCAGCAGCAGCAGCAGCUGCUUGCCCAGGGGCUGACCUGUCCGGCCACAUCACGAGGGUCCCCUGUUCUCCAGCUUCAGCUGCACUCCCAGGAGGGCAGAUCAGAGCUGGGGUUGGGGAGAGAGCAUGUGAGGGUCUUUAUUGCCCUGGCUCCCUUGCAGGUAGCCUCAGGCUGAGCCUCCAGCCGAAGGGCUCAGCUCCAGGGAGGUGGCCCUCUUUCCCACCAGCCUUCUGCAUCUCUGUGCUAGUAAGAUGCUUCCUCCUCUCAACUCUGCAGGGGGAAGUGGAAGCCUGGCUUUCAUUAGUCCUGUUUGGACUUGUGGUUUUCAUACAGCCUGCUCAUAUUCUUUAUAUAAAAACAAAACAAAAACUCCACAAACACCUUCCAUAGAGCCCUCCUGAUAUAAUUCUAAUUAGAGGGUGCCAUCUAUUUCUUCAAGGCCACUGACCAGCAGUGUCCCUUUUGAAAAAGCAGGGUGCUUUCAGGUCUAGGAGAAACCUUUCAUUGAAAAUUGAACCUGAGAACUAUUGAUCCUUCGGUAGGGGAUGCUUCCCCUCCCUGUUUCUUAUUUGGUCUGGUCUCAGUUCAGUUCAGUUCAGUUCAGUUGCUCAGUCGUGUCCGACUCUUUGUGACCCCCAUGGACUGCAGCACGCCAGGCCUCCCUGUCCAUCACCAGUUCCAGGAGUUUACUCAAACUCAUGUCCAUUGAGUUGGUGAUGCCAUCCAACCACUGAAGAACGGACUCAUUUGAAAAGACCCUGAUGCUGGGAAAGACUGAAGGCGGGAGGAGACAGGGCCAACAGAGGAUGAGAUGGUCUGAUUUAUAAUCCCUAAAUAACUUGUUGUUGGCACUUACUGCCAGUGGGCACUGCAGACUCUACUAAAAGUAAGCUACUGUGAAAUGGAAAGUACUUGCUUAUAUCAGCCUAAGUGAAGACCAGGUAUGGUGUUGGAGUUGAAAUCUUUUAUGAGUUUAAUAUAUUGCACAACUUAAGAUAAAGGAAUAGGAUAUGAAAAAUGUCAAUGUGUUCUAAUACACUAUGGAAUAGAAGGUCUUUUCUGGACAUAAAUGUGUCUAUUAUAAUUCCAGUUUCAUACAUACUGCCUGACUUAAUGGUUUAAGAACUAAAAAACAGAAAUCACUGGUCAUUUCUACCCCCCAGGUGUGUUCCUUCUAAAAAACAUACAAAACCAAAAUUUUACUGUAAAACACUUUGCUUUAAUUGCAUCUUGUAUCUUGAGUAAUGAAACAUGGAAAUAGUGGUUUUCGGUUUUGGUCACCUGAGGCACCUAUUUUCAUUUGCUUUUGGAGAAGUCCAUUUUCUAAAGAGACACGCAUCACACAACAGUGUGCAAAACCCUUUUUGGUAAUAAAAAAUGUUAUUU